AUGAUUGAUGCCGCGCCUGCCCUCGCCGCGUCUGGUGGCAUGGCUGCGAGUAGGGGGGCCUUUGCGGCACGACGCCCUGAGAUUCUCUCUCUCGGCUCGAAGAUCCUGUUUUCCAGCAGAUUGCUCAAGGUAAUCGGCGGAUCUAGUUUCUCUUUCCAUUUCUAGGUUUUCUUGGGAUGGCAUCCUAUGUGAGAUGGUGGUCGAAUUUUUUUUUCUUGUGUAUGUCCAAAAAAAUUCGUCGACCUUGUGUUCUAAUACUAGCUUCUGAUGACCAAUGGCAGCCUUGCAAGUCCAUCUCUGUUUCCAGUGUAGGGCGGGGCCUUCAUCUCCGGAGGAACAUGUGCGUUAGGGCAUCAUCGUCUCCGGCUGAAUCUUCUCCGGCUCAGAUUGCUCCUCUCCAAUUCGAGUCACCGAUCGGGCAGUUUCUCUCCCAAAUUCUGGUCAGCCACCCUCACCUGCUGCCUGCUGCUGUUGAUCAGCAGCUCCUGCAGUUGCAGACCGAUCGCGACGCAGAGAAGCAGAAGGAGGAGCCAUCCACCUCGGGAACAGAUUUAGUCUUGAAUAGGUCUGUUCUUUGUUUCAUUUUUCUGCCGCUUUUUGCCAACCGAAGUGAGAAUGGAGUUACAAUUUAUACUUUUUUGUUGUCCAGGAGGAUUGCUGAGGUUAAAGCUAAUGAGCGGAAGAGGGCCCUGGAAGAGAUCCUGUAUACACUGGUUGUGCAGAAGUUCAUGGACGCUGACGUUUCACUUGUGCCUGCUGUAUCUCAGUUGUCUGAUCCUUCCAAGGAAGAUGACCAGCGGCUUCCUCAAGAAGAUAAACUCCAGAAACUCCAUUCAUCUGAAGCUUAUGAGAUGAUCCAGAACCACCUAGCCCUUAUCUUGGGAAACCGCAUCGAGAAUGAGAACACCGUGGCGGUGAUAAGCAAGCUACGGGUUGGUCAGGUCUACGCUGCAUCCAUCAUGUAUGGGUACUUCCUGAAGAGGGUGGACCAACGAUUCCAGUUGGAGAAGACGAUGAAGACACUUCCUUGGGGUUCAGAAAAAGAUGAAGGUGCCAUGAAGCAAGUGAUGCCUGAUGAAUCCAGACCCUCAGUACGCGCUGGAAGUUCACAUCCGGAGGUGCCCUUCCUGUCAUCUUCUCCUGAAUUCAGUUCGGCUGGAUUCGGCCCGAAGACCAAAUCUGCUCGGAUGCGGUCCUAUGUCAUGUCGUUGGAUCCUGAGACGCUGCAGAGUUAUGCGACAAUCAGAUCAAAGGAAGCAUUCAGCAUUAUUGAAAACCAUACUGAGGCAUUGUUUGGGAGGCCGGAAAUUGUUAUCACCCCACAGGGGACUAUUGACUCAUCAAAGGAUGAGGCUCUUAAAAUAACCUUUGCAGGUUUGAAGAGGCUGAUUUUGGAAGCGGUUACAUUUGGGUCUUUCUUGUGGGAUGUAGAGAGUUAUGUAGACGCUAGGUAUCACUUUGUGACAAAUUGA